AUGUUCUUUAACAUCAUAAAUUAUACUCUCCUCUUCCUCGCUACUCCGUACAUGGUCUCUGCCGUAUUAGUGAAAUCACACCCCAAAUACGGAAAGAACCCAUCGCCCGCAUGGCAGAUUCCUCAUGGCGUUUGCCACGAUGUUUCUGCAAAGUUCGAAGGCUACACCACUGGCACUCAAUUUUAUAAUAAUAUCUUGAACCCAGGUGUUUGGCUCGGUGGCACCCCCUUUGGUGGUUGCAGCGGGAAUUCGAUGUGUGCCCAAUGCAUGGAGGCCCGCAAUGCCACAACCGGCCUCGGCGUCCUGUUCCUCAUUGUCGAUUAUGAAUGCGAUUUUCUGGUAACGGCUCCUGGCGCAGUGACCGCUCUCAAUGCCCUACCCUCCGAAGUCCAAGGGCUGUCCGGAAGACCCCUCAGCUACUGCUACAAAAAUUGCGUCCCUCCUCCAGGCGAUGCGUGGGGCUGUCAGUAG